UUUAGUACUGCUUAUGGUACGCAAGUACUCUGGAGGAGAGAUUCGGGCACAAUGGCUUCCUUCUGGAUUUUCUCAAUCCAGUUGCUCCUGCUGAUCUCCGUUGCAUCUGCAUCACAUUUCACUGCAGGCACUGUUAGGGUCGUUCCCAAAGAAAAACACCUGAAUGGAUCCAUUAAGGUGGACAUAUAUUUCAGGCAAACUUACGGAAGCUGCAAUCACUAUUUUGGAGAUUGGAGAUGCUUGAAUGGUAACUGCGGAAAAAUAUCGGAAGCAAAAGAAGGUGUAAUAGACAGUAGCACAAAUGCAGCACCCAACACAAAUGGUUGGUGUGAAACAGAAGAAGUGCAGUCAAGAUAUUACCCCAAUGACGAUUCAUUUGACCUGAGGAAAGCUAGCUGCUGUUGGAUUCCAACUGUGAAUUUACAGGGGUCCUGGAGACUGUUCACACAUGUGGACUUGAGGGAAAGAUCUGAUAACUGGCAGGCGAAUGGCUCUCCAAAUAAUGCCAUCAUGCCCUUCCUGAGAGUUCCUUCAAACUGCCCAAGAUCCUACCAUCUGAUGACAGAUGACCCUGAUGGUGAUCGGGUGAUUUGCAGAUACGGAACCAUCUUAAACAGAGAAUGCGCUACAUGCAAUCAACCCCAAGGUUUUGAGCUGGAUGAGAGAAACUGUGUCCUACACUACCGUUCCACAUCAUACACUGGGACGUAUGGGUUUGAGUUGGUGCUGGAAGACUUUCCAAGAACCACCAUCUCCUUGAUCUCCACAAAUGGAACUUCAACUCAGAGAUUACCUUUGCCUUCAAACAGAAACAAACGUUCAAUAUUUGGGAAUCUAGUACUACCCUAUAUCGGGGCAACGGCAGGCCCAACCACCACCACGGCAGGCCCAACCACCACCACUGCAAGCCCAACCACCACCACGGCAGGCCCAACCACCACCACGGCAGGCCUAACCACCACCACGGCAGGCCCAACCACCACCCCGUACCAAACCUACCCCAGCAAACCGUAUCCUACUCCUCUCAGUCAAAUUCCUCUUCAAUUCUCCGUUCUAGUGGAUUCGCCUGCUCCGUCCUGCACUGAAGGAGAGUACCUGCCUAGGUUUGUUCACCCAACACCAAGUCAUGGAGACCAUCUGAAUGCUCAAGUCAAUGAAGAAUUUGAAAUCACAGUCAAAGCAGUAGCUCAGUAUUCAAAAGUAGGUGAUAUCAUCUUCACAGGACCCCUGGGUACCACCAAACACAGGAUUGAACGGGGAGAGUUUUAUCUGAGAUGGACCCCGACUCUCCACCAAUUUGGAGACCAGGUUCCAAUUUGCUUCAUUGCGGAGGCAGCUUUUUCGUAUCAGCAGUUACAGUCAGAAAUGCGAUGUGUUUGGGUGCAUGUUGAACACGCUAAAGCACACGUGAUCUGCAAUGAAACCUCCAUGACAGUAGAGUUGGAGAAAGCCGCAUUUAAGGGACUAGAUGAAGAUCACCUGCGGCUAAAUGAUCCCGGCAGCACAGCCUGCAGACUACACUCCAAUAGCACUCAUGUCAUUGGUUUCAUCCCACUUAAUGAAUGUGGUACUAUGAUUAAGGAGGACGAUGAAAACCUUUUGUUCUCAAAUGAGAUCACCACCUUUGAAGAUGUCAGAGACAUCGUUACCAGGAAACAUCUUUUGGAAGUUCAGUUUUCCUGCCAGUACCCAAAGCGUGGAAACGUAUCCCUUGGGUUUACAGUCCACAGGGACAACCAGACUAUUACCGAGAAGGGCUUUGGGACGUUCACCUACAACUUUGAGUUCUACCCAGACAUCCACUUCGACACAAUGAUCAAUCCACACUUCUACCCGCUGGACUAUGAAGUUGGAGAUAAGAUAUACAUGCAGAUAGAUGCCACGACUUCAAUCAAUAACACUGUUCUGUUUGUGGAGUCCUGUAGUGCUUCACCUUACGAUAACCCCAAUUACCAGCCCACCUACCCAAUCAUAGAGAACGGGUGUGUACAGGACUCCACUGUUGUCCUCUAUCCCCCAAGUCAUAAUAAACAGUUUCGGUUUUCAAUCGAUGCCUUCAAAUUCAUAGGAUUACAUGACCAGGUGUACAUCAGCUGUUCGGUCAUUCUAUGUGAGGCUGGGAACCCCAACACCAGAUGCUCCAGGGGAUGUCUCCCAACCAACCCCAUUGGUCGGCGCAGGAGAUCGGCUGUAAUUGAAACAGGAGCGCACUUCAUUUCCCAGGGUCCUUUGCGUCUGCAAAGCACACCGGAAAACAAGAGCAGUGUAACCGGACUGAAUCUCAACAUGGCCUUCAUCGCUGGAUGCCUUCUAGCGGCGAUUGCCAUGAUCUGUGGAGUGAUGAUUCACAAAUUCAAGAGGGCUGCUGUUCGGUAUCAGCCUUUGUCAAGCAUUGAGCAAUAGGUUAUCAGUGAACAUGGCUUGGAUAUCGAAAUGUAUGGGAAGGAUAUUGUUAAUUAGCCUCACAAAUUAAUUAUAAUAAAUAAGGAAUUCUUUCAAAGUCUGAUUAUACAAUAUAUAUUGUUAUUUCUUGUUUACUGUAUCGAGAUAGGUAAUUGGUUAUUGGUUCAUAUUAUUCUUUUAAUUCUCCAAAUAAUAAUCUCAGCUCUAACUCAUGAUGAUUAUACUAUAACAUGAUAAUUAAUAAAGCAUUUUUUCUUGUAGCUAAAUACACAUCUGAUGUUUAUAUUAUUCUACACAACUACCACAACUACAAUAUUUUAAUUAUUUAAUGGACAUAGUUUGCUGUUGUGACUUUCUCACGCUGAAAAGCAUUUUCCGCACAUAAUUUAUGAGAUAUUUUUUUCUCUUUUAAUGCAAACAUGUUACUAAGCAUGGAAGGGGUUGUAUAGAGACCCUAUAUCAACAUGGAAGAGAAGCACAAUCAAAUAGAAAACAAUAAACACAUUUAUUUUCCUUUCAAUGAAAACUCGUGUUUGCGAUGGACCAUCAUGCGGAUUCAGUAGGCCUACCAAGGACAUUGCCAAUUAAAUCACCCUCGCACAAACAUGUAUAGGCCUA